CAGGGCUCCUGUGGCCACAUUCCGUUAGCUCUUGGCCCUCCCUGCCCCGCUGCCUUCCCUAGCCGUGUUACCGCUGGAGCCCCCUCCCUCCCUCGCAGAGCUGCGCGCUCUCCCUGUGCCGCCACCACCACCACCACCGCCACCGCCGCCGCGUGCUCCUGCUGCCUUCUCGCUCCAGCCGAGCCAGCCAGAGGAACGAGGGGGGGGGGGGGGAGAGAGAGAGAGAGAGAGAGAGAGAGAGAGAGAGAGAGAGAGAGAGAGAGAGAGAGAGAGAGUCGGCGAGGCAAGCGGAGCGGGGACACGGAGCAGGAGCCGUUCCUCUACAGCCAGCGGAAACCUCCUCGGACAGCAGCCGGGCACCAGCCCCAGCAGCUCUUGUGGACGCCGGAGACGCCGCCGCCGCAGCCACCGUUCCAAGCCGGCCUCUCGCGUCCCUUGCCUCCGGCUUGCCGGGGCAGCGGGGAUGCAGCUGGGGCAUGGCCGCCGGGGCCCCGUCACCUGCCGCGGGGAGCGCUGAACCCGUUGAAAAGCUACCUGGGAGAACCUAACCAUCUCUUGUGAUCCCGCUCUGUCUGGGUACUCCCCACCCCGUGGAAGCUUCUUCGGGUCCGUGGUGUCCCUACCGCCCUGUGACAGUAAAGGGGACAGCACUCCAACAGCGCGAAGUCAGAAGGACCAAGGGGAACCGGCCAGCCUUCCCCGGAGCUGGCCCACAGGCCUCUUCGGUGGGAACCUGUCCUAGGAGUGGCCCAUUCUGCAAACAGGGCAAUCAGGACGCCACGGCUCCGCCUGAAGCGAUGGCCCAGCCCUACCCCUCUGCCCAGUACCCCCCUCCGCCUCAGAAUGGAAUCCCAGCUGAAUACGCCCCGCCUCCACCACACCCCACACAGGACUACUCCGGCCAGACCCCAGUCCCCCCAGAGCACGGCAUGACCCUCUACACACCAGCACAGACGCACCCUGAGCAGCCGGGCACAGAGGCCAGUACACAGCCCAUUGCUGGGACCCAGACAGUGCCGCAGGCAGAUGAGGCAGCCCAGACGGACAGCCAGCAGCUCCACCCUUCUGACCCCACGGAGAAGCAGCAGCCCAAAAGACUACAUGUCUCCAACAUCCCCUUCCGGUUCAGGGACCCUGACCUGCGGCAAAUGUUCGGGCAAUUCGGGAAAAUUUUAGACGUGGAGAUCAUUUUUAACGAGCGGGGCUCCAAGGGUUUUGGGUUUGUAACUUUUGAAACUAGCUCAGAUGCUGACCGAGCCCGGGAGAAGCUGAAUGGGACGAUCGUAGAGGGACGGAAAAUUGAGGUUAAUAAUGCCACAGCUCGGGUCAUGACCAAUAAGAAGCCUGGGAACCCAUAUGCCAACGGCUGGAAGCUAAACCCUGUAGUAGGGGCAGUGUAUGGGCCUGAAUUCUAUGCAGUGACCAGUUUCCCCUACCCCACCACGGGCACCGCCGUCGCCUACCGGGGUGCACACCUGCGGGGCCGGGGCCGUGCUGUGUAUAAUACAUUUCGAGCUGCACCACCUCCGCCCCCCAUUCCGACUUAUGGAGCGGCACUGGAGCAAACGCUUGUUAAAAUGCCAGUCCCGUGGGCGGGGCUGGCACCGUGCCCCCUCCCUCCUCAGCAGACACCGGAGCCGGCCUACCCCGCCUCUCCAGCGUUCCCACCACUCUCUUGUCCGUUUGCUUCCAGGGUCGUGUAUCAGGAUGGAUUUUAUGGUGCUGAGAUUUAUGGAGGCUAUGCAGCUUACAGAUAUGCUCAGCCCGCAGCCGCAGCCGCCGCAGCCUACAGCGACAGUUAUGGCAGAGUCUAUGCAGCCACCGAUCCCUACCAUCACACCAUCGGCCCCACAGCAACCUACAGCAUCGGAACCAUGUGAAACCUUCCACCGUCUCCUUCUCGGACCAUGAAGGGCAAAAACAAAAAACAAAAAACAAAAAAAAAAUCACAAAACAAAAAACAAAACAAAAAAAGAUGUUAAGAUCCAAGCAGCAACAACAACAACAAAAAAUUCCAACCAAACCAAGAGGCAUCCAACCAAGUCCAAGUCCAAGUCCACGUCUGGCGUACGCCCGCACCGAGGGAGCUCGUCCCCCAGGGGGCGCCGGAGAGUGGCCUUGCCUGGCUGGCGGUGCAGUAGGGAUGCGGCCAGGCACUGGGGAAGACCUGGAGGGGAAAUGUGGCCCGUGGGUGUGGGGCGGGGGGGCUCCGGUAUCUUACCCAGUCUUCCUUUCCCACCCUGCUCCCUAGGCAGGAGUUCCUAGGGUGGAGCAGGCCCCUGAGAAGGAGCAACCAGCUGACUUGGGCUAUUGCCUGCUGAGCCCUGGAGGGGCUGGAGGCAGUUAGGGGCCAAGGGCAGCUUGUCACUAUUCCAGGUCUCCAGCCUGGCCUCACUGAAUGUGCUGCCAGUGCGUCAGCUGUCCAACCAGCCGCCCUGGGGUCCAACUCCCAAUGCAAAGGGCUGACAUGGCUCCAGGACUCUGGAGCACCCCAUGCUCCCGCUCCCCUAUGUGAGAAAAGCUUCCAGCUACAGAGAAGGAAGGAGGCCCAGCCAGCAGGGACCUAGUCCUCAUGCUGUGGGCGUGCACAGGGGGGCCCUGGAGCACAGCUUUUGUUUGUAGUGGCAGCCUUCCUGAAGAAGGACCCAACCCUCCUUCCUGCUCCCUCCUGUGGCUCAGUUCUGCUAGGGAGCGGGCGAUGACAGAUGGGCCAGCCCUGGGCUGCACCUCGAGGCCGGGAGUCAAGGUGCUAGGGUCUGGAGGGCCACGGUCAGAGCAGGACCCAUGGGGAAGGCAAGGAAUGGGGACGGUCUGGGCUGGCCCCGCCGCAGGGAAGGCCAGCGGGGCUGCAGCCCCUUCGCUCCCUGGGCAGGAAUAGUGGGUGUCACAGGAAAGCAGCAGGCCCAGUGGAUGGCACAAGGGACAGGUAGCAAGAAGCCCCUGGCAAGGCCGGGAUAGGUGGAGUAGGAUUAACAGCAAAAAAAUAAAAAAAUAACAGAAACCAUGGCUCCCGACGCGGCACCACUGUCUCAUGACACCUCAAAAUAAAUCACCUCACUUUCUAUCCAGCAUCAGCCACCGAAGCUAUGGAAACGGAACCCUCCUUUUCUAUUCCUGUUGUACAUAGCCCCGCGCCUGCCUCCGGCUCUGUCCUCUGUACAGAGCCCCUCGCCUUCUGCUGUUUCGGACCCUUUUCCCACAGCAGCUUGGAACCCUCAUCCCAGCCCCUCUCCCAGGACUGCAGCCGAGCCCCAGGCUUCCUUUCUUACCAUUCUGUAUGCUUCCACGGUGUGAUCAUUCAAAGUAACAGUAUUACUAUUAAGAUUAAUAAAGAUUUCUUUCUUCAAACCAGGA